GAUUUGCAAGCUAGUGUGAAACCAGCGUCUGUUUGUUAUAAAUGCGUUUUAUAGAAACAAGAUGCAUGGAUUAAACUGUUUGAUUUUCGCCAUUUUGGUGGAGUUUAGCUUUUCUCACGUUAUAUUUCCAGAUGUUCUUGAAACAGCUUUACUGAAUUUACGUUCAAAAAGGGAAACACCAUGCGGUGAAGAAAUUGAUUUAGAACAAACAGGCGGUGUAAAUGAAAUUCAUCUCCGGACGGAAUCAUUCAACGGCACAGAAUUCUACAGAGUAAAUGAAGACUGUAAAUGGACGCUUAAGACCACUCAAGAUCAUUUCAUGAUCUUAAAAUCCGACUACUUCAGCGUCGAAGAGAGCGAGAACUGUAUCUGGGACUAUGUUGAGAUUACAGAAAAGGGCGUUGAUGGGACAACAAGCAAAUACUGUGGUUGGGACCCAUUGACAUAUAUCACAUUUGGGAGCAAAAUCCAACUACAGUUCAAGUCGGAUGAGACAUAUGAAGACAAGGGUUUUAAAUUCAUCAUCGAGUCGAGUAAAAGAGGUGGAGAUGACUCUAAGUGCAUUGGCAGUAUAUUGGGUGGUGAAGAUUCAAGAAUAAUGAAUAAAGAUGAUUUAGGAGAGGAUUGCUUUUACAGAAUACAGGCACCCGGGGACAAAGUUAUUACAUUGGACUUAAAAAUGCUAGAUUUUGGCUCGGCUAGUUGUGAGGAGGAAAGUAUCAUCAUUUAUAAAGGCCAGAGUACACAAGGAACAGCCCUCGGUACAAUAUGUAGUGACACUGUUCCGGGAAUUUUGCCCUAUCAUGCAAGUUCAAUGUUUAUUGAGUAUAGAAAUCCUCUUAAACAAGAAGGUGAACGUUUUACAAUUGAUUAUAUUUUUGUCGAGGACAACUUUACUCCAGCACCUGUACCAUCAACAACCCCAUCUCCAGUUGGUGGAAAUAAUGACUGUAGUCGAAUGUACAAAGGAAUCGAUACAGACAGCGGCAUUUUGGUUUAUACCGCACCUGAAUACGAAAACAACAAAGAUUGUAUAGUUGUUGUACGUAAUGAUCAAUUACCGAAUCACGUGGUACAGAUAGAAUUCGACUACUUCGACAUUGAAGAAUCGGACAACUGUAUCUUUGAUUCCUUGAGAGUUCUAUCUGGAGAAAGAAAUGACUCAGCAUUGCUUGGUGGACCAUACUGCGGUGAAGGUCUACAUGGGCGAACUUUCCUAACACGCGGCAACUCUCUUCGCCUUGAAUUCAAAACAGACGUGUCAUUUGCCCUACAAGGAUUUCAAGCAAAAAUUUCAUUCGUACCAAAUACAGAAUGCAGAUGCAAUGGAAAUAAGAUGUGCAUUCGCCAGGACUUUGAGAAAAAAUGUAUUCGCGGACAAAGGUGUGAGGCAAAUAGCUGUCAAAAUGGCGGAACGUGCAUAAAAACAGGUUCUGAAGCGACAUGUUACUGCCCUAAAGGUUUCCAAGGAGAAGAUUGUUCACAAAGCGAUGGAGAAAAGUCUUACCAUAUACGCUUUACCAAAGCACCGGUAGACCGAACGAUAAAGAGAGGUGAAGGUCACGUCGAAGAAUGCGAAGUUGAGGUUCCAUAUGGAGAGGAAGUAGAGUAUAAUUGGUCAUUACAAGGAACAUUGAUAGAGCCGUACAAUGACAAGACAGGCUUUGGAACUCAUCCAGGUGGAGUAUUACAGAUUGAUGACUUUUCGGACAAUUUGGAGGGACAAUAUUCAUGUUUUGCGACAACUUCUGGAGGAACAGCGGAACACACAUUUGAGUAUAGGAUUGCAGAGGAUUGUAACGUCAGGAUAUUCCCUGGACCUCAGUCAGAGAGCAAAAAGAUAAACGAAAUGGCUUUACUUAUAUGUCGCGUGGACCAUCGGGCCAAAGCGGUUAGAUGGAAGAAAGAUGGAGUUUACAUUGAUUAUGACAAGGAUGAUAGAAUCAAGAAAAUGGCUAAUAACUAUUUACGUAUAUUAAACGUUGGAAUGGAAGACGCGGGAGUUUACCAGUGCGAGGCCGAAGACGAAAACGGUUGCUAUAGUUAUAAGGAAGGCAAACUUCAGGUCGUAGACGUAAAGUCUUUCAGUUCAUAUUGUGGAAUAUCCAUUCAUGAAGAGGCAUUUUUGAGUUCAAGAAUUUCAAAGGGAUCUGAAGCACCUCCUAAAAUGUACCCAUGGCAUGUUACAUUCAGAUCUACAGGAGAUGCGUCCAGAAAAAGGGCGUUUUGUGGUGGAUCAUUGAUUUCACAGAGGUUCGUUGUCACUGCUGCUCAUUGUAUUGAAGAGUUCAGCGAGAUUUUUGGUGUUGAUUUUGGGGCAAAAAAUGUAGAACUUUUACUUGGUACCACAGAUUGUCUAGGAAUUCAGAAUGAUGGGAAAAGAAGAAAAGUACGGAGCUUUACUGUUCAUCCAGAUUACGAAGAAAGAGGAACUUUUGAUAAUGAUAUAGCAUUGAUAGAAUUGGACAGUUUGGUUGAAUACACCGAUGAUAUACGCCCUAUAUGUGUUGAACCGGCGGAAUACAAUGACAGGGUGUUUCUAGAAAACAGUGCCUCAUUUGGUCGUGUGAUUGGGAAAGUCGCUGGUUGCGGUAAAACAAGACAAAAAGCCACAUCAUUGCCCCAGAGACUGAGGCAUGUAGAUAUUCCGUAUGCGGACAGAGAAACAUGUCUUGAAUCAAUGGGCAACGAUCGCCAUAAACUCACUGACACAAUGUUUUGUGCUGGGAGUAAAAUUGGUAGAACUGGAGACAGUUGCGAAGGGGACAGUGGAGGUGGCUUAAUAAUGGCAACGAACACAAGAUGGGUUCUUACCGGAGUCGUUUCUUGGGGCAGGGGAUGUGAUGUGGAUAAACACUACGGUGUUUACACAAACGUUGGCAUGUUCUAUGAUUGGAUAGAGAGUGUUACAAAAUUCAACGAAGAGGCGGUGCCAGACUUUAUCAAUCACAAUUGAUCUUAAAUAGUGACUAUUUGUUGAUUUGUCAUGACACAAUACUAGUACAUGUAUAUAGCUAAACUACUUAAACAUUUAUACCCUUUUUUUACUUGAAGUGAAAUUGAUAUACAGUGAUAAAUAUAUUGCUUCAUCUUAAUCUUGUCAGAUCAAUGACGAUGAUUCUUAUUUCACUUAAACUUCAGUCAUUGAUGUUAUUUUUAACAUUUAUUUAUAAUUUUUGCCAGAUACGUUGUCUAGAUUUGAAAAAAGAAACAUAAUGUGAUAAGUGCACUUUAAAGGAGCUUCAUAUAGGUCCAAAAACCUUAAACUAUAACAUUUGAAAAUCGUACAUGGAUCAAGUUAAGCACUUCAAAUGGACCAAUCUGUAAAGGAUAAUUAAGUAAUAUGUACUUAAUCAAAUUGAAAAAUGAUUAAUCUGCGCGAUUUUGUGCCCGAUUUGGGCGGAAAGCGUGGCAUCACUUUUCAUUUCAGGGUCAUAAGAGAUUAGUUAUGUUGUUUUUUGUUGUUGAAGAAAAUGUAUGGAAGAGGCUUGCAUAAAUUUUAUCAAAUUGAUUAUUUAGAGCAAUAUUUAAUGACUGAGUUAGAUAAGGGUAUACAAAAAAUGAUGUAUCGGAAGAUACUUAAAAUCUGGCAAGCUUUGUUAAUUUGUUAUGUAUUCUAACACUCACGUGAUUUUGUCACUAUAGACAAAGAAGGAAAAAAAACUGGUGUUAAACUGCCAAUAAACACCGGUUAGGGACUACUUGUAUAUGCGCUGUUAUGUUUUCACCCUCGAUUACAAAGCAUUUUAAAGCAACAAUAAAAAGCAUUUUUAUUCAUAUUUUCAGUUGGUAUAAUGUUUUCUUUUCAUACAAUACCGGAAUAAUAUCUCACAUACACUAACGCCACAAAUUAGAUCCAUAUCAGUUAAUAAAUAUUUUGACAAAACGGCGCCAAUCCGUAAGCAGCGUAAUGACGUCAUCCUAAGUAAACAACUCAUUCAUAAACAAGCUGACGUUAUUUCAUACAUACAAAAAUGAUCAAUGGGGCACUGAUGUAAACACAAUACGACGUAAGUUUUUAUUGUUGAAAACUUGAUAAGUAACGUUUUUUUCUUAUUAUUUCUUUUGUUUAAUAAUUUCUUUAUCUUCGUAACAGUAGGGUGCGAAAAUCGAACAGCGUUAUACAAAAAUUAGCACCUGAAAAUAUUUCCGCUUGAAAAAUAACAUUACUGUAGUGAUAUCGUUUUUCCUUAUUUUAUCGUGUUAGAAUCGAAAUAACAUCGGCCUGAGAGGUGUAUAUCGGCUAUUUAACACCGGUUUUGUCGUUUUGAUGCGACAAAAUUAACCACUCAGGCAUACGGCCUUCGUGGUCAAUUCCUACGCAUCAAAACUCCAAACCGGUGUUAAAUAGCCGAUAUACAUCUCUCAGGCCGAUGUUAUUUCUUAAAUGAAAAGUAAAAGACAAGUAAUGAGUUACAUAUACAUGCAGCUAAAAACUACCACAUAUGUUUUUUUUUAAAUUAUGAUAAUCAUUUCUAUCUAAAUUGUUUUAAGCGAUUUGUUUGUGUCAGGAAUAAGAAAAUGCUUCGAAGUACUGUAUAAAUGAUCCUAACCAUCAAUCAUUUCAGAAGAUUACCAAUACGCAGUACCAAUUAAUUUUGCUGAUAGACAUAAAAGUUAUGUAAUUUUACAUAGUGACUAUUCGAAAAUUAAUCAUUUAUGUCAGAUAUCAUUGUUUUGAAUAAUUCGUUUAAUAAUUUCUGCGUCUUAUUCAACAUAUAAAUUUACUAUAUUGAUUACCUUUAUAGUGGCUGAAUUGUGCCAUUCGUGUUUUCGCCCCGCGACCCCGCCAAGCAAAAAGGUCGAGAAAUAAUUAUUUAAAAGGGCAGUGGCGCGGAGCGAAAACACGAUAAUUAGCGAGGGCGCGGGGCGAGAUUUAAGAAAUAAAACGCCAAGCGAAGUUAAGAAUUUACUACAAGUUAAAAUGGCAGGGGCGCGGAGCGAAAAAACGUUUUUUAGCGAGGGCGCGGGGCAAAGUUUCAUUAAUAAAACCUUUCAUAAGUAAAUCUAAUCACUGUUAUAUUCAUUUUGCCAUGCAAUAGAAUAUUUGAAAAUUCCAAAGACCAAGCGAAUAAGAAUAAAUUUGUCACUCGUCUAUCUUCCUAUUCGUUUUGUUAUUUUAAUUAUAAGACACUUUAGUAGCAGUCCUGUUAAUUAUGUUUUUUUUGCAAUGUUAUAUAUAAUAUAUAUAUAACGCAUCUACCGUUUUACAUUUAGAAAAUGAACGAAACAAAGAACAGUGUUUAAACAUUUCAGUGAAUUUCAAAUAUAUGUUAUGCUUUUAUAUUAUAUGAAUCUCUGUAUCUUAAAACUAAACUAAACAUUUUGUCUUAUCAGAGUAUGAGUGCUCUGUUGCUGUCAUUUUCCUAUGAAUAUGCCAUAAAUAUAAUAGAGUUUGUUUACAAUAAUAGGACUUGUUAUUCUUAGCUUAAUUAUCUAAUAUGUAAUGUAUGCAAAUGUAUAAUAAAGUAAGUUAAUACAAACGAUUUGUAACUUAUCAAAAACCGUUUGAGGUGACGUCAUUUGCGAUACAUUCAAACAUCGAAAAUGCUAAAGUAAGCAUUUCUCAUUAGGCGCGUCUAUGUUAAAUGACCCUUUUUAUUUGUAAACCAUUUAUUGUUUGGAUAUGCGAUAAACAGAAUAUAAUAUUCAAUGAUUUAAUGCGUAAUGUAUCGACACCGUUGCAAAAGGCUCGCAUAAAUGAUUAUAUUUAACUAGUUCAAUAAAUUUAGUAUUAAAUCUACUCUAAUUCAGUAUCUUUAUAUGUCUCGUGUUCUUAGCUAAAAUAGUGAAUCUAAAACCUUAAAGAACAUCCGAACGGGCAAAUUGCUGCAGCCUCGCUUUGAUUAAAUCUGUUUAUAGAGUCUAUUUUACAUAAACCGUGUAAAUAAUUUUACUUUAGUGUAGUUAUAUUUGUCUGGUCUUUCGGGAUAAUUGAUUUCAAUACUUAAAGUAUUGAGAAUUGAAUAUACUGGGGGGGGGGCUAAUGAAUGUUACACGUUUUCAUUUUCCUCAAUAACAGACUCAAUCGAACAUAGUUCAAACCCCGUCAGAGGCAAGUUGUUGUUUCCUUGAGCAAGAAACUUUACUAUAAUUGUUCAGUACUGGUUGGUUCCAGGAACGGAUUAGAAAGUGUGUCCACAAGCUUAUAGCUCCCUACAUAAUCGAACUAAAAUAAAUUCUGUAUAAACCAAUCUAACAGCGUCUGCAAUUUUCAUGUUAUCUUGUUGUGAUUAAUGCUUACGAGCGAUCAAACAUUUCCAGUUUUUUUAAAACAAAUCCAGUGACAUUCUACUACAUUCAUUGUUACUGCUUUUUGUUGAUAAGGCCGAAUAUGUCAACAAAAAGAAAGAAUGUUUUUGAAAACGCAACAUUUAAAGUAAGAUUAUAUUUUCUGUUUAAUGUAAAUAUCAUAAUAACGAUUCCUAAAACAGAAAGAAAGAAGUAUUGCCGAAAACAACGUGCUCGCAGAUGAGCUUAUCUAGGGUUGGCAUGAUAAAGCAUAAGGGAAAAAGUAAUCAUUUUGGGCCAAGCCCUUGCUAGGGUUACCAAAAAUAAGUAUAAAUACGAAGAUUGUGAAAUGGUAUAUCAGUGUAACUUACGCUUUAAUAUAUGUUAACCAAAAUACCAAAAUUAUUUUUUUUAAGUAUAUUUAAUCAUAUCAGGUACAAGUACACGUACGUUAUCUAUAUGUAAUAUUACAUGUGUGUAGGAUUAAGGGAUAUAAAAAAGAUACAAAUGAUUUUAUAUCUCACAUUUGCUUAUGUAAGUAUGGCAAGAAGUAUUCUAAAGUAAUUGCAUUUUUAAUCACAAUUGUACUGUAUUACACAAUUUUCACAGAUUUCAGUCAAAUAAAUACUUUUGUGAGUGUUA